AUGUCUGCCAGAGACCCCACGGGGGAAAGCUUGGAGCUGCCCCUAAGAGGUGCCAGUCUCGUGGCCAGUGCGGCUGCAAAGCAUCAGCCACAAGGGCCCAAACGCAGACGGACCACGCUCGCAGAGCUGGGCGAGUAUCUGGAGACCCACUCAGAGCCUGUCAGCCUUACGAAGACUGGCCGGCUCGCACUGGCAGCCUACACUUCGCUAAGAGUCCUUGCCAAUCUUUGCGCAGUGGGCUGGGAUGACGUGCACUUGACGUGCGAUGCUGUACUGCGGCCGGUGAUGACUGGCUUCGGGAUCUACUUCUUCCUCUGCAAGAACGACCGAUUCUCUGAGAAGUCCUUGUUGCACAUCUGGAGUCGCCGCACGAUCUUUUCGCUGGCCUUCUUCAUAGCCGACGAAGGUUUUCGCUACGCGCUGAGGAGAUAUGCGCCCUCUCACCGCUGGGCAGCGGGCUUUGUGAGUCUCGUAGGUACACUGCUGUGGGAGGUUGUAUGCAACUUCAUGCAAGUUCUCAUGACGAACCUGAAGCUCCGUGCUUUGGGCCGAAGUUUCACGGGCCAGUUUUGUCACGCAGUGGCCGUGACUGGCUUCGUUUCCAUCUUGAUCUCGGGAGGCUUGGUGGUCGUACGGCGGCUUGCGAGCAUAAGCAACGAUGACCUUUCUCUUGUGUAUUCUCUGGCUCAGCUGAGCCUCCUGUGCUGCCUCGUGACUCUAUUAACCCAGUGUUGCAGCCUGUGCAUCGUGGCUUGCAGCGCUUUGCGGGCCCCUGGUGACGAUGAGUCCAUCAGGUCCACUGCGUUUUUCCUCUUGGGGAAUGCGCUCCUGGUGAUUCUGGGACCAUCUCUGAGCUUUUUCGCAUACUUCCGCUACGGGCAUUCCACUGUCGUCAUGUGGAGGAGUGGACCAACUACUACGAAUGCGAAGCUGGGGACAUGGCUGACUGUUGACAUCUUCCUUCAAAUCUGCAAUACAUUGAUGCUGAACGGCAUGGUUGGGCCAAAGCAAUGGAAUCGCCCCAUGGAUGCCUUCCGCCAGCUCGCAGACCUGUCUGGAUUUGGCUUCGCGUCCAAGCGCAUAGCUUUUCCCGGACAUAUCAACCGGACGGCCGCCAAGUGCGUCGUGUCGUUUCCAGGCAAGUACAGCGAGCUCUGGGACGAAGCUGUGUCAGCUGUGACGUCCCAGGCCGAGAUUGCCGGAAUGGAGCGAUGGUCUUUGGCAUGUGUGUUCUUGACAGACGCCGACUCGGGCCUUGGACAACAUGCGGAGAAUCCAGACACCCCAGGAAAGUGCUGGUGCCACAGCAUCUACGGCCAUGUUCCCGCCGAAACAUAUCUCAGCGUGGUAGAGGUGGAGCCGGAACAUCUUGAUAGCCAAGCACACCGGCAGAUGGUUUCCUUCAAGCGAAGCGAUGCCGAAGCCAUGGGCCAACUCUUGCUCAUCAAGAGUGACCAGUCUGACGUGGAGUGGCAGCUGCAGCUUGCAGAGGCCACCGAGAAGGCCCAGCAGCUUUGCUUCGAGAGAGGUGGACGAGCCCCCUGGGGGUGCCAGUGGUUCGAGGAAUGGAAGCGCAACUUAGACCUCGCUGCACAGCUCGGGCAGGAGCUUCACGUGUUCUACUUCGCGGAGCGCAAGGGCCAAGGAAAGGUGCCCUGGGAUCAGCUUUGUGAUGAUGCUGCAAAGGAGAGAGCUCGGCAGAACAGCGGCCUGGGCGCCUCUCAGACUGCCGAAGUGGCGUAUAUUGAGAGGAUGGGCCUUAGUUUCGUGGAGCAUGACAUCCGGGACUUCAAGGAGUUCAUGGCAGGAGCUGGAUAA